GACGGGGGUGGACCCUUCUCCUUUCUUAAGCUCCAGCCAGUCAAGCCAGGGCUAGAAAGCCAGACAGACAGCCGCCCCUUGCAGUCUCUACCUGUCUUUACGGAGCUGGGAAAGGAGCCCAGCCUGCAGUUAGUGCUUGGAAGCACAGACCAGCCUGGCCGCUUCUGCCACAUCACCCACGAUCUGCUAACAUGGCCAACCAGCUGACCGAGGAGCAAAUCGCUGAGUUCAAGGAGGCCUUCUCUCUGUUUGACAAGGAUGGGGAUGGCUGCAUCACCACCCAGGAACUGGGCACCGUCAUGCGGUCCCUGGGUCAGAACCCCACAGAGGCUGAGCUCCAGGGCAUGGUCAAUGAAAUUGACAAGGAUGGAAACGGUACCGUGGACUUCCCAGAGUUCCUGAGCAUGAUGUCCAGGAAGAUGAAAGACACCGACAGCGAGGAGGAGAUCCGGGAGGCCUUCCGAGUGUUCGACAAGGACGGCAACGGCUACGUGAGCGCAGCCGAGCUGAGGCACGUGAUGACCAGGCUGGGAGAGAAGCUGAGUGAUGAGGAGGUGGAGGAAAUGAUACGGGCAGCAGAUACAGACGGUGAUGGGCAAGUGAACUACGAGGAGUUUGUGCACAUGCUAGUGUCCAAGUGAGACUGCACCAGAGACCGUUGUAGCUAGGUGCCCAUCGGGCUCCUGGGCGGCAAUUUUGUCUGGACAAUGGCUGCCCUCACUGUGGUGAGAAUAUUACCCAGAAUGUAGUCGUCUUUCCCUGUUUCCCAGCUUCCUUCGGGCUGAAUGGACUGUAUCCACCAGUCUGCAUUUCACUUUCUGCAUCUCCUUUUCUGCCAACUUUCCACCUGUCCAUUCCCCCUGAUGGAGACUGCCUCAGGCUGAGACUGGCAUCAACUCCUCCCAGCCCUCAAGAGCUGAAGCAGAAUGGCCCAUCUCUGCAUGGGCAAUGAGCCAAAGGACCAUGCUCCUAUUUUGUUUUUGUUUUUUUUCUUUCUUUCUUUCUUUCUUUCUUUCUUUCUUUCUUUCUUUCUUUCUUUCUUUCUUUCUUUUUCUUCCUUUCUGUUUUCAACAGAAAUGUUCAUUAACUCCAGGGCAUACUUCAGGCAGGAAUCUCCGUGUGUGUGUGUGUGUGUGUGUGUGUGUGUGUGUGUGUAUGUAAGAUUGUAGCAAAAACAGAGGUCUGCCUAGCCUGGAAGCAUCAAAAACUGGGUAGGGUCCCUAAGUGGCCCAAUGCUUGGCAUCAAGAUGGCCUGUAGCUGUUGGGGCACAUCAUAGUUCCUGCUUUCUAAAUCCAGCAGAUGAGGUCUUAGACUAAACCUCAUCUGCUGCUGGAUUUAGAAAGCAUCUGGGCAUCAUAGUGAAAGGCAGUGAUGGAGAUUUUGAUGACUGCGGCCAGGCCCUCUGGAAAACAUCUCACUUCUCUUCCAUGCAAAGCUUGUUUGUUCCUUUCUGUCUUAUCCAAACCUCUGUAAUUUCUUUUUUGUUUUCUUUCUUUUCUCUAUUCUAAUUGUUUUGAACUGGGAGUAAAUCUGAAGGUCAUUGUAACAUAUAUGUAUUCAUCUAGAAAGAGAGAAGUUUGAAUGAAAGAGAGAUAGAGGGAAGCUGCAGGGGAAUAAAUAAGAUAUCCAUGUUCCUGUUUUGUUUCUUUUUCUGCUUCUAAGUAAAACACUAUUUCCAAAGUCCAGGUUGCUAACUGGUUUAUCUCCAAGAUAGCAACCAGGUUUUUUUUUCUGGUGUGUGCUUUUUGUAAAUGCAAUAAACUCCUGUAUUGGUGUGUAUAGAAAAA